UUUGCGCGAGAGGCGGUGUUCGAGGGGGCGGGCGCCUUCUGCCUCUCCCUGGAUAACUUGGCUGCGCUGAAGGAUCUGCUGCAGCAGCUGGAGGGCCGGAGGGCUCAGAAGGAGGCCCUGUGCGAAGAGCUGCGCUCCCGCAUCCUGACACUCUGGGACUGGUUGCAGGUGCCUCCGGAGGAGAGAGAGGCCUUUGCUCCGUACAUGGAAGGCUCCAGAGCCGGCAUUAUGAACGCUCUGCACCUGGAAGUCGAUCGCUUGGAGGAACUGAAGCUCCAGAACCUCCAGGAAGUGGUAGAGGCCAUUCGGGCUCAGCUGGCCACCUUCUGGGACAAGUGCUUCUUUGGGGAGGAGCAGAGGCGCUCCUUUAGCCCCUACUACCAAGAUGACGUCACCGAAGAGUUAUUGCAGCAACACGACAAGGAGCUCGUGGAGCUGAAGCGUUAUUAUGAGACACAUCAAGAGCUCUUUGAAGCUAUCCACAAGUGGAAGAAGAACUGGUGUCUCUUUCAGGAGCUUGAGAAAAAGGCUACGGACCCAAGUCGCUUCACCAACCGAGGAGGCAACCUUCUGAAAGAAGAGAAGCUGCGCGCCAAGCUCCAGAAGACCCUUCCCAAGCUGGAGGAGGAGCUGAGGGUCCGCGUUGAACUGUGGGAGCAAGAACAUGCUCGGGACUUCCUAGUGAACGGGCAGCGCUUCAUGGAGCACGUGGCCGAGCAGUGGCGCCUCCAUCAUCUGGAGAAGGAGAAGGAAAGGCAGGAGCGGCAACUCAAGAAGUCCCGCCAGACUGAGGAGGAGAUGCUCUAUGGGAGCACCCCCAACAAGAGGCGGGCCUUGGGCGUCACCACACCUGGCAAAGCCCGAAAGCUCAACAUCACCACCACGACCCCCAACAGCACAAUCCGCUCGGCGCUGAGAGGUUCGGUGUUAAAUUCCCCUGGAUGCCUUUCUGGAGGGAAGCCUGUCCGGACCCUCAGCCGUGUGGUUGCCAAGCCCCCCUCCCAAGGCCAGAUGGAGCACAACAAGGAGAACGUGUCUCAGCUCAACCGAACAGCUCUGAGCGGUGGGUGUACUCCAACAGCCCCUGCCCAGCGUAAUGGCAGUAUUUACUCUGUUGCCAGCACCUAUUCAGAGUUUGCGCACGGACUUUCAAAGGCUUCCAAAUCUGAGCACCGGUCCCACGUCCUCAACUCCACAGCUUCCAAUCCUGACAGCUGAAGGGAGGCCUGUUGCCAGCCACAGCAUCCUCCCACAGAUCAUCCCAGUCUUGCACAAACUGGACCUUUUGGAGGCCCGGUUUGUGCUGCCACUUUUAACUGUUUUUAAUGCAUUGAUUUCACGCAAGUUUUACGUUAAAGGGAAUAAAAGCAUAGAUGCAGCAGCUGUUCUGCGCACAGGCCUGCUGCCUGAUUCGAGGGGGGCGGGAGGGAGAGGGAAGAGGCGGAGGCUUGCCUCAGUGGACAAUCCACCUGGAUCCUGCUGUUAAGCAGAUGGCAUCCCGGGCAGAGGAAGGGAAGAAAAUACGGGGAGUCCUCUACAAUUGUGAGGGGCUG